AUGGCGCGCUCACAAACACCCAUUGAUUGGGAUUCAUUCCACAACAAUGGCCAUCAGACAAUCGACCUCACUCUUUCUUCCCCAGAACCAGAGCCAGAACCUCGACGACAGCCACAACCGCGGCAACAGCAAAUGCCGCCUCACAGACAAGCUCAAUUGUACUUCGGACGUGAGCAACGCCCGUACGGCAUGCCAAACGUUAAGAUGGAAGCUAGCCAGCCGGUGACUUCCGCGCGGAACCAUGUUGCGCCACAAACAGCGCGUCCCAUCAACCCUGAGCAUAUUAAACAGAUCAUCACCACAGCCGACCCGCGCGCCCUGCAGAGAGUGCUGCUCGAGCUCUGCCAGGUAUCCCCGGCCUUCUCUGGUGCCCUCAUGCGUGGACUUGCGCCUCACUCAACAUCUGCACAGAGCAUAAUCAGACAGCAUUGGAUACGAUCGCGACAUCCUAAUGUUAAGGCGCAAGAUGAUAAAGACAGCGACGGCAUCUACAAAGCGGCUAAAAUGAGGCUGGCUAGGUACGUUACUUCACUUGGAUGCACUAAAAUUUAUAGCGUGGUGGAUGUCGACUUGAGUUCUGGUCCAUAUCUGCUCCACCCAUCAAAUGCUGUUACUAGGGUUUAUCGACUGUAUUGGGAUCACAACUUCGCUUUCGUGGAGUCUGUCACUGAGGGUCCGAAUGGUACUUUCGUUCCUGUUACGGGUUUGGCUUUGGCAGAUGCCUAUGGAGCUCUUAGUAUCGCAGUGCCGUCUCGACUAUACUAUCCACCCCCCACAGAAGACAAACCAUUAUCAGGAAAGCGACUCGGGGUCAAAGAUAUCUACGACCUCAAGGGAGUUCGCACUAGUGGUGGGAACAGAGCGUACCGAGACCUUGUCGAUCCUGCCCCUGAGAGCGCGGCAGCAUUACAAAAGCUGAUUGAUCUGGGUGCUGUCGUUAUCGGAAAGACGAAGACCACACAAUUUGCGCUUGGAGAGCGGCCAACCGCUGACUAUGUGGAUCAGUUAGCACCCUUUAACCCUAGGGGCGAUGGUUACCAGCAUCCCCAAGGGUCGUCGGCGGGUUCCGGAGCUGGACUCGCAUCAUACAACUGGAUGGAUUUUGCAACUGCGUCGGACACGGGUGGAUCUGUUCGCCUACCAGCCAUGGCAAAUGGUCUUUUCGGCAUGCGUGUCACUAAUGCCUCACUCCCGCUUGAUGGAAUUCUGCCCAUAUCAGCAAUUUUCGAUACGCCGGGCGUAUUGGCUCGCUCGGCUCGGCUGCUACAAGCCGUACAUAGAAGAUGGUAUCCAGCCAAGGUAUAUACGUCUUAUCCCAAGCGUAUCGUUCUACCCGACCUGUUCUGGCCCACUGUGAAUGAAACAAGCAUGCACAUCUUCGAUUCGUUCAUCUCCCAGCUCGCUACCUUCCUUGAUGCCAACUUGACAGCCUUCAACGCCAAUGCCAGCUUUAAUGCAUACACGAACACUUCCGAAGGCCCGGCAUCAUACAUUGGCUCCACAUACUCUAAUAUCACCAACGUCGAUCAAUACCGCGACCUAGGUCUACCAUUCAGGGAGCAGUACAUCGCCAAGUUCGGCAGAGCACCGUAUUGGAAUCCACAAACACGAGCGCGAUGGAACCGGGCUGCUACCUUGCCAACCUCCAGUUACACCACUGCUAUCGAGCGCACAAAGACGUUUCAAUCAUGGUUUCGAGAAACUCUAACGCCCACAUGUGAAUCUACACUGGUGUUAUAUCCCAUGGGCGCUGGUACAGAAGACUAUCGUGACAUAUACACCACUGCACCAGGUGGUAUCUUUGCUGCGGGGCUACCCGGGAAUCAGAUGUCUGUUUUGGCUGCACUGCCUGACUACACUUUUCCGAUUGGUGAACGAACUUAUUUCAGCAGGGUAACCGAGAGAAAUGAGACGCUGCCUAUAACAAUUGGCAUGGUAGCUGCUGCAGGAUGCGAUCAUAUGCUCAUGGACUUGGUCGCUGAGCUUGCAGACGCUGGUAUCAUCUCUGGGGACGUGAAGACAGGCUCCAUGGCUUCCGCCGCUGCCCUUGCCUUUCCAGGUGCAGAAGGUUUUGGUCGCAACGCGGCUGGUGGCCGUGGCGGUACCGUUUACGUUGUCACCAACCUCAACGACAGCGGUGAAGGCUCGCUCCGUGAUGCCAUUUCCAAACCCGACCGCAUCGUUGUGUUCGCCAUCGGUGGGUUAAUUAAGAUCACUGAGCGCAUGGUCGUGUCGAAACGCAUAUCCAUUCUUGGGCAAACAGCACCUGGUGAUGGCAUUACAGUAUACGGCAACGGCUGGAGUUUCAGCAAUGCUGACGAUGCAGUCGUACGGUAUUUGCGCAUCAGAAUGGGAAAAGGAGGUAGUAGUGGCAAAGAUGGCAUCACGAUUGCAGAGGGGAGCAACAUGAUCUUCGACCACGUCUCUGUUACCUGGGGUCGCGACGAAACUUUUUCGAUAUCUGGCUCAGAAGUCGGUAACAUCACCAUCCAGAACAGUAUCAUCGGACAGGGUCUUCAGACACAUUCUUGUGGCGGUUUGAUGCAAACGAAUAUCGGCAAUGGUAUUAGCCUGUUCCGCAACUUGUACAUUGACAACAAGACGAGAAAUCCAAAAGUCAAGGGUACGAAUGACUUUACCAACAACGUUGUCUAUAACUGGGGAGGAGGCGGUGGAUACAUUGCUGGAGAUUCAAGUGCAGCGAGCGAAGCAAAUAUCGUUGGAAACUAUUUUGUUAGUGGCCCGAGUACCAGCGUAACAGCCUUCACACGAGGAAACGAGAAUUUCAAGGGAUACGUUGAAGGAAACUUCUAUGAUUCUAAUCGCGAUGGUGUAUUGGACGGAUCGGAGCUUGGUGUAGCAUCCAGCAACUAUGGCGGCAUGAACAUCCAGGCAACAAAAUUUCCUUUUCCGGCACCAGAGAAAGUCUUGUCAGCCAACGAUGCGUUGACGCUUGCUGAAAAGUCUGUUGGUGCAAGCAAAGUCCGCGAUGCAGUUGAUGCGCGACUCAUUGAGGAGCUGAAGAGCUAUGGGAAGACGGGAGAGUUGAUCAGUGACGAGAAUGCUAGUCCAAUGGCCGGACCAGGAACUAUUGAUGGCGGAGAGCAAUGGGUUGACGCGAACGGUAAUGGCAUACCCGACGAUGUCGAAGAACAAUUCAAAGACGUGGAGGAAUGGGCAAAUAGCUUAGUACCGGGUAGCUACUAG